GGAGCGCCGUGGGGCGGGGCCCUUGCGGCCGGAAAAGGGCUGCUAGGAGCCACCAUGCUGGGCGCCCGCAGGUUCUGCAGCCUCGGGCCCGGGGCGGCGGCCCUGUGGUUUGUGCGGGCGGGCCAGGGCAGCCUUGUCGCCGGGAUCCAGGCCCGGAGGGUCAGCACCAGCUGGUCCCCAGUAGGCGCCGCCUUCAAUGUCAAACCCCAGGGUCGCCGCCUGGACCUGUUCGGAGAGCACCAGGGUCUUUUUGGGGUUCCCGAGCUCCGAGCCCCGGAAGGAUUUCGCGUUGCACAAGAGAAAGCCCUGAGCCAGGCAGCGAGGCUGGUGGAGCGCGCGUGCGCAGGCCCGCCCGGCCCGCAGACCGUGGGCAUCUUCGACGAGCUCUCGGACGCCCUGUGCCGGGUCGCCGACCUGGCUGAUUUUGUGAAAAUUGCUCACCCUGACCCAGCAUUCAGAGAGGCUGCAGAAGAAGCUUGUAGAAGUAUUGGCACCGUGGUGGAAAAGUUAAACACAAAUGUGGAAUUAUAUCAAAGUUUGCAAAAAUUACUGUCUGAUAAAAAACUCAUGGAUUCCCUUGAUCCAGAAACCAGGCGAGUGGCUGAACUGUUUAUGUUUGAUUUUGAAAUCAGUGGAAUCCAUCUAGAUAAAGAAAAGCGUAAAAGAGCAGUAGACCUUCAUGUUAAGAUCUUGGAUUUGAGUAGUGAAUUUCUUACGGGCACCAACCUUCCCAACAAGAUCGAUAAACAUCUCUUGCCAGAGCAUAUUCGCCGUAACUUUUUGGUCAGUGGGAAUCAUGUCAUCAUUGAUGGUCUACACGCAGAAGCAUCAGAUGAUGUAGUGCGAGAGGCUGCUUAUAAAAUUUUUCUUUACCCCAAUGCUGGUCAAUUGAACUGUUUAGAGGAAUUGCUCUGCAACAGAGAUCUUCUGGCAAAGUUAGUGGGAUAUUCUACAUUUUCCCACAGGGCUCUCCAAGGAACAAUAGCUCAAAAUCCAGAGACUGUCAUGCAGUUCCUUGAGAAACUAUCUGACAAACUUUCUGAAAGAACAAGAAAAGAUUUUGAGAUGAUACGAGGGAUGAAAAUGAAACUGAAUCCUCAAAAUUCUGAAUUAAUGCCUUGGGAUCCACCUUACUACAGUGGCGUGAUUCGUGCAGAGAGGUAUAAUAUCGAGCCCAGUUUAUAUUGUCCCUUUUUCUCCCUUGGAGCGUGCAUGGAAGGUCUGAAUAUUUUGUUUAACCAGCUCUUUGGGAUUUCAUUGUACGCAGAGCAGCCUGAAAAAGGAGAGGUGUGGUGUGAAGAUGUUCGGAAACUGGCUGUGGUUCAUGAAACUGAAGGAUUGUUGGGAUACAUCUAUUGCGACUUUUUUCAUCGAGCAGAUAAACCACAUCAGGAUUGCCAUUUUACAAUCCGCGGAGGCAGAGUAAAGGAAAAUGGAGACUAUCAGCUCCCUGUUGUAGUCCUUAUGCUGAAUCUUCCCCAUUCAUUAAGGAAUGCACCCACUUUAUUAACUCCUGGAAUGAUGGAAAACCUUUUCCAUGAAAUGGGACAUGCCAUGCAUUCAAUGCUGGGACGUACUCGUUAUCAACACGUCACUGGGACCAGAUGCCCCACUGAUUUUGCAGAGGUUCCUUCUAUUCUGAUGGAGUACUUUGCAAAUGAUUAUCGAGUGGUUAACCUAUUUGCCAGGCAUUAUCAAACUGGGCAGCCACUGCCGAAAAAUAUGGUGUCGCGUCUUUGUGAAUCUAAAAAAGUUUGUGCUGCAGCUGAUAUGCAACUUCAGGUCUUUUAUGCCACUCUGGAUCAAAUCUACCAUGGGAAGCAUCCGCUAAGGAAGUCAACCACAGACAUUCUUAAGGAAACCCAGGAGAAGUUUUAUGGCAUACCAUAUGUUCCAAACACUGCCUGGCAGCUACGAUUCAGCCACCUUGUAGGCUACGGUGCCAAGUACUACUCUUAUCUGAUGUCCAGGGCAGUGGCGUCCAUGGUUUGGAAAGAAUGCUUCCUACAGGAUCCUUUUAACAGGGCUGUGGGCGAGCGCUAUCGCAGGGAGAUGCUGGCACACGGCGGCGGCAAGGAGCCCAUGCUCAUGGUUCAAGGUAUGCUUCAGAAGCGUCCUUCUCUUGAUGACUUUGUAAGUGCCCUCGUUUCCGACUUGGAUCUGGACUUUGAAACCUUCUUCAUGGAUUCUGAAUAAUGGAAACUCCCUGAAUAUUUUAAAUCAAGGUCAUGUAGAUCUUAAACUUUGUCAUAAAUGCUACAGCUGUGAAAACUUGUUUCUCAUUUCAUGAUUCACUUCUGAAAAACCCUAAAAUGAUAGAACUUAAAAUAAAUAAUUUGUUUUAA